UGUACGCACGCACCUUUUUUAAUAUCUUUUUUAGUACUAAAUAAAAUUUGAUUAGCGCGUCAAUUUGACAAUAAAUACUAAAGUAUAAACACAUUUUGCUUACAUUACAAAUAUUAUAAUGGGUCAAAUAUUGGGAACAUGGAACACUCGGCAUCUUGAUCUUAAAAUGGACGACAAGCCAACGUUUGGCGAAAAAGCUGGUUUUAAAUAUUCUAGGACAAAACGGGAAUCUUGUGCAGAAGAGAAUCAUUUGAUAUCAGCUAAAAUCCCACCAAAAUACAGAGACUACUGCGCGCAUUGUUUGCUGGAAUAUAAUGCGUGCCGAUACAAAAAUUGGCCGUUUCCCUAUAAGUGUGCUCACGAGAAACAUAAUUAUCUUAACUGUGAGAAGGAUGAUUAUGUUAUAAGGAUGAAGGAAUUCGAGAGAGAAAGACGACUACGCGAACGUGAAAUAAGAAUACAAAAGACAAAGGCUUAGUUUAUGAUAAUAAAUUUUUAAUGUUAUUUA